GGUGUCGCAGCUUCCCAGUGGCAACACGAUCGCUAGACGAUUUGGAGGCCGAGUUUGAUGCUCUGAGAGCGGAAAUCGCCCGCCUUGCCCACGACCACAGGAUCCAUCGGAUGGACUGGCUGCGUGGCGGCGGUGGCAGGGAUAUGUUUUCGCAUCAUAAAGUUUGGUCG